CUUUUGCAUGCACCUCAAUUGGAACAUCAUCAACUCUCUUUUUCUGACUUUGAUCCACGAAUCUAACCACUUUGUGAUCUCUAUUUAACCGAUCCUCGACGCAACUUCAACUACUACUACAUCCAUAUUCACAUCACAUCGAUAAACUAUAAGAAUAUAAAGAUAAAAUGCCAGGGAUCACACUAGGAGACACGGUGCCGAACCUAGAAGUGGCGACGACACAUGGCAAGUUCAAGCUUCAUGACUACUUCGCUGAUUCUUGGACCGUCCUCUUCUCUCAUCCCGGGGAUUUCACACCCGUGUGCACCACGGAGCUGGGUGCGAUGGCCAAAUACGCUCAUGAGUUCGAUAAGAGAGGCGUGAAGCUCCUUGGGUUGUCUUGUGACGAUGUACAGUCACACAAAGAGUGGAUCAAAGACAUCGAAGCCUUUGCGCACGGAAGCAAGGUGAAGUAUCCGAUAAUCGCUGACCCGAACAAAGAGAUCAUUCCUCAGCUUAAUAUGAUUGAUCCAAUCGAGAACGGACCGUCUCGUGCCCUUCAUAUUGUUGGUCCUGAUAGCAAGAUAAAAUUGAGCUUCUUGUAUCCAUCGACCACGGGACGUAACAUGGACGAAGUAUUGAGGGCUUUAGACUCGUUGUUGAUGGCGUCCAAGCACAAUAACAAGAUCGCCACUCCGGUUAACUGGAAGCCAGAUGAACCGGUUGUGAUUUCGCCUGCCGUGUCGGACGAAGAAGCCAAAAAGAUGUUUCCUCAGGGUUUCAAGACCGCCGAUCUUCCGUCAAAGAAAGGCUAUCUGCGUCACACCGAGGCUGCAAUUAUUCCUCGAAGCCAUACAUGGUUGCUACCGAUCUACUUUGUUGUAUCCCUCGGAUGCUAUGGUCUAUUGAUGGUUGGAAUCGGACUAAUGCAAUUUCCUACCUGUCCCCAAGAAGCAGUUCUGUUGCAGAAGGAUAUUGCAGAGGCCAAGGACUUCUUCAAGCACAAAGGGGUAGAUGUUGGAUCGAAUUGACACAAAGGCUUUUAAUGACCAACAAUCAGAAAUAGUUUUUGUUUUUGACAAACCUUAUAUGUACUGUUUGGAUGUUUUAGAUUAAACAGUGUUUCUGAAGUAAAACUUUCUGUUAUUU